AUGUCUACCGUUUUGAAUACGACAGCAACACCCGGAUACGGGUUUGCAGCAUCUAAUGGCGCUGAUUCGCAGGACACGCAGCGAUCGUUCCUAUAUCCACACCAUUCUCUAGGAACAGCUCGCGAACUGAUUGCAACGGCGCAAGCAUUGGUGCACCCACGAGGCGUUGGGAUAUAUGCAACCGAUGAAACACCCGAUGGAAUUGAGGCUCGACUGGUAGCUGCUCACGGAGAUGACGGUGCAGGGAAGACAUGGUCUGAAGAAGAGAAGAAGGAACGUAGACGUCGAUGGAGGGCUUGUCUCUAUGAGACUCUACCGACAGAGUAUAUAUCAGGAGUGAUUUUAUACGACGAGACUCUUCUCGAUUUCAAACUAGCAUCUGUCCUAUCGGCUCGAGGUAUCAUACCUGGUGUUCGUGCUGACACCGACUCCCAUCCUCUUCCUAUCUCACCAUCCGAGCCGGCAACGCAAGGAUUGGACAAUCUUCUCCCGCGAUUGCGUAACGCACAUGCUCAUGGGGCCAGGUUCUCCAAAUGGCGUGCACCUAUUCUCUGCGAUGCAUCAACUCUCCCAUCGCAUGCCGCACUCGAGGCCCAGGCUGAAUCACUCGCACGAUUUGCUUCGAUCAGUCAGCAGGCCAGUCUUGUCCCCAUUAUUGAACCCGACGUAGAUUUUGCGGAAGAUGCGAGCUUAGCACGUAGCGUCGAAGUGCAUGCAAAGAUAAUCGCAAUGAUUUAUGCUAGAUGUGCUGCAUAUGGGGUCCUCAUUGAAGGGACGCUAAUCAAGCCGUCAUUCCCCCAACCUGGUCUGAAACAUCCUUCAAGAGCUAACACAACACCUGAGGAAAUUGCAGAAGCAACAGCUGCAGUUCUUGCACGUGCAGUACCUGUUGGUGUCGCAGGUGUCGUAUUUCUCUCUGGCGGUCUUCCGGAUGAAACAGCGGCUUUAUACCUCCAGAAAGUCAAUGUGCUCGUCGACAAGGCGAAAGCGAAAGCUGGGGUGGAGCCUUCUCCCUAUGCACGUCUCCCACCGUUGUCAUUCUCUUUCGGUCGCGGACUUCAGAGUGACGCAAUGCAGCGCUGGGUCCGCAAUGAUGAAGAUGGUGCUCGUCAAGCCUUCCGUGUUCGUGCAAAGGAAUGCUGGAAGGCAGCUAGAGGUGGUAGAGAUAAUUGAUACGAAGGAGUGAAUGCAACUAUAGAUCCCAUAUCACUGGAGUUAAAGAAGAAGUGCUGCUUCUAGGGCUGUACCGACAUUGUUUUGCAAGUCUUUACGCAUAGCACAACUGAGGAAUAUACUUAUCAGAUGACAAACAUUGUGUUAUGUAAGUGAUGAUUCUGACAAAUUUGGCUUUUUAUUCUCACGACUACUGUCAAGUCUCUUCAAUUUCUCGCUAUUCUGCAAUCAUGACCUGCCACCGAGUACUCUGAGUCUAAGACUGUUUCUACUCUCAAUCAUCCUUGUACAAGCACGUAGAAUAUCGGUAGAGGCGUAAAUUCAAU